AUGGGCGUCCUCAUCCGCCGCCCUCCGCACGACGUCUUCGAAGCGCUCGCCGACCCAUCCACCACCACGCGCUUCUGGUACACCAAGUCGUCGGGACGCAUGAGCCGGGGCGCAACCCUGACGUGGGCGUGGGAAAUGCACGGCGUCUCCACGGCAGUGCAGGUCGAGGCGGGGGGGGGCGCCCCCCGCUGGAGAGGAAGAGGUUGGGAGUGGCAAGUUGGAGCUGCUGCCGUCGUGGAUUUCGUGCUCGCUUCUGUGCGACCUGUGAUGCUUUCAAAUUUGUGCGCGUUGCGCUGUGCUGUGCGCAAGACGCGGCUUAUGGUGCAUCUUGGUGAAGCGUCUGGAGCAUCCAGCCCCACGGCUUCCAUGGCAUCGCUCGCGUGGACUGUGAUUGAAUCAUCUCUAUGGAGAUUGAGACUUUGGCGUGCAGAAACCGACGGCGUGUUCUGUGGAUUUGGCAGCUGGGAGGGAUGGUGCAUCUCGCCGAGCGUGGUUAUGUUCAGUCGUCCGUGA